AUGCCAAAAGCUGAUUUCUGCAUGUGCCAGCAGUUCCACUGGCUUUCCCCCAAACCGGUGUCCUUCAGAUGCUGCCGAUGUAGAGUGCUUCAACCUGACACACUCAUCCACAGGUGCACAAGGCUUACAGGGAUUAAUGUUGGUUCUUUGGGCUUUCUUCAGUGGUUGAAGGGAUUGGCCCUGGAUUCUUGGCCUUUGCUAUCAAAGUCGGACCACAGGUACCUCAUCUAUACUGUCCUUUGUUCACAUCUUAUUCUGCAUCUUAAGAUUCUCAGUAGGGGUUGAGCCUUUUUACAGAAGUGUGAACAUGCUGACGUCCAUGUCAUAAUUGUUCCCACUUUUCUGUAUGGCAGCAAAAUAAUAUCGCUUGCUACAUUGCAACAUAUGCAGCGUGGUUAGUUGUAUUCUGAUUUCUAAACUCCCACCACAUAUACUUAUUCACCCUUGUGAGAUUUGCAGUAAACCAUAUGCUUAAGUAGGCAGAUUCCCUGUCUUGUUUUUGGAUCUGCUUGCCAUGUAGCCUAGGAUAAAAGCAAGUGUUAGAAACCAAGUAGUCUCUGCUUUGUUGUAGUUAUAUUUAGAUAGGCACAAACACAAUCUAUUUUUAUUUAGGAUGGUUUAAUUAUUUUGUAAAUUUAGCAACUGCCAUCUGAUUGCAUAUUUUGCUCCUUCAAGAGUACAUCUGUUGAAUUAUACUUCCAUUCUUGUAAAAAUCAGAACUGGGGACUUAAAAAUUUGGCAUUUAUGAAGCCUCAUAAGUUUAAGUAUAUGGAAGAUAUCUGACAUUUACUUACUGAGCUCACAUUACGGAAUAGAUGGGUACAGAUUAGAUAUGUCGUAGGUAAUAAAUAUUUAAUUAUGUAAUAUGCCUAAUGCUGUUUUCUGUUCUUUUUUUCCCUCCCCCCUUUACAGCUCGAAAGCAGUUGUCAUGCUGUCUUAUGUACAAAAGUUCCACUGUUUAGGGAUACUGUUACGUAAAGUGAACAGUGCUGCAGUGUAG